AUGUUUGGCGUUCGAAUUAUACGAGCUGCACGUUAUAUAUCUCGUAUAGUUGACAAUUGUCCAAAACCGCUUUACGAUACGGGCUGCACGUACUGCGGAAUACCUGAAUUCCCUGAAGAUAAAGGAAUCGACUUCGAGAAGAAUUUGAACCAAACAGCCUCUCAGCCAUGGAAACAUGUACUCGUUACACUGCAUGGUUUUGGUGAUUUUGCCGAAAUGCCGUCCAAAAUCAAUCUCGUUCCAGGAUCAUUGGCUAAUGAGUUUGAGUCUUUGAAGAAAUCAAAACUCAGUCCAACCCACCCAGUGUUACUUUCUAAUAUUAUAACAAAUGAUCUGCGGACAAAUUCCGUGGACGCUUCUUUGCAUGAAGUAAUCGUUUAUCCCGAGGGUAAACUAGUUAGGUUCAAGAAAGAGCAUCUUCUGCAAUUCGUUGAACAUUACUUGCUCCCAGACGAGAGAUCUUCUAUGGAGACAUACAAUCCAUUUACAAGUGACGACAAAGAAGAGCAUGUCAGUGUGAAACGACCGGAUUUAUUCGAAGAACAGGAUUUUGGAAAGGACCUUGUUUUAGUUUGUGGACACACUCAGAGAGAUAUUCGCUGUGGAACAUUGGGCCCUAUUAUUGAAAAUGAAUUUACAGAAGUAUUGGAGCGAGAAGGAUUGGCUCUUUCUGUGGAUGUGGGCCUCAUAUCUCAUAUAGGUGGUCACGCCUAUGCUGGUAAUGUUAUUUACUUUCCAGCUGAUACAGUGCUGUGCCCUGUUGUAUGGUAUGGUAGAGUCUUUCCAGAGAAAGUUCAGGGGAUAGUCAGAGAAACUGUGAUUGGAAAAAAAAUCAUCAAAGAAUUGUACAGAGGCGAUUUGAGACAGAUCCAGUAG